GGAAAUUCCAGGUUGGUGUGUUGCAGGAAGCGGUCACUGUAUUGGUGGGCGCUAUUGUAGCUUUUCAUGGCAGUAGGAUCUUGCUGAGCUCGCAGGCAGAGGUACAGAGAGAUGUAAGAUUACCAUUGGUUGGAUGUGUAGCUGAUUAAUGGAAGGCAGAAGUCCCUACAGAAUAUAUGAUCCAGGUGGUAGUGCUCCCAAAUUCACUGAUGAGCAGCCGGAACGCAUGGCAGGGAUUCUAAGUCUUGGUGAACUGCUGGAAGAAUCACAGAACGUGGCCCACAAUCUCCACCAGAAAGCAGAAGCCCUUAUAAAAGACACCAGAGAUCUACAGUCGUCAUCUUCGGCAAACCCCCAUGCUCCAAUCACUGGAAAGAUGAACACAGAGCAGGAAAAGGCAGAAGAUUUUUUGCAUGUUGAGCUAUCCGAUGUAAAUGACAAGGAAUCUGAUGUUCGCUCGAUGGUUGUUCCCAAAAUCCCAGCAAGUGGGUCCUCAUCUGAGUUUGACGUCUUGGACCCCAGCGAGAAAAGAAAAUCUCCUGAAUCCAGGUAUUCGAAUGCUGGAUUCUGCGAACAGAAUGAGGAUCGCAAUAUUCGUCAUCACCUACAACGAAUGGGGGAUUCGUUAAAUAUGUUUGCCGAGGAAUCUGACCGUAACAGGCUUCUUAAUCACAUGAGCCGCCUGGUCCUGGAGUUUAACCGGCUGGCAGAUAAAGUCCAGAAAAACGAGCAGCGGACAUCGGUGUUACAGACUUUAUGCGAGCAGCUGAGGAAGGAGAAUGAGGAUCUUCGGUCUAAACUGGAGGUUGAAUGGAAUCGGAGAACCCGGGCCGAGCAAGACAUGAGGUAUGAAAAUCUUGAGUUGAAAAAGUUGCUUUUGGAUAGAGGGAAAGUGUCAGCAGCCACAAAUGGCAGUACUCCAGGGGUGGGGGAGACCGCAGCCAAUGUCGAAAAUGCGACACAUCAGCAGACCGCCAAACUGCUAGGAAAACCUUCCAAUAAAGACCAAGUUGGGUCCUUGUUGAAGAAAGUGAAAAUUCUAGAACAUCAGAGGACAGAGCUCCUGGAUGUGAAUAAGCAGUGGGAUCAGCAGUUCCGCUCUCUGAAACAUCAGUAUGAAGAGAAGAUCACGUCUCUACGCCAGAAGCUUUCACAAGCUGCCAAAUCUGAAAGUGAGCAAGAGGCUGAAAGGGAUCGGAAGCAGAGAGACUUCGACCGCAAACUUCUUCUGGCUAGAGACAAAAUAGAGGAAAAGGAGUCCCAAAUUCAGAAGCUGGAGUCUGAGAUAAGGGAUUUGAAGCAGAAGAACAAGUUCCUUCAUGACCAGUUGAGCUCCACCAGCAGACAGCGGGAAUACCAGGAGCGAGAGAUCAGCCGGCUGAAUAAAGCACUCGAAGAAGCUUUAAAGCUGCAGGGAUCAGCUCCACGUUCUCCAUCUUUCAUUUCCUCUACAGAGGAGACAGGGCUCCUUCAACGCCAAGAACUUAUUACUCAGAUUGAUCUGCUCAAACAACAGGUAGCCAUCUUUGAAGAAGACUUUAAGAGGGAACGCAGUGAUAGAGAACGUAUGAAUGAGGAGAAGGAGGACCUGAAACGAGAGAUGGAACAGCUUCAAACACAGCUGGCCCAGGCCAACACAAAGCUGCAGUCUUGUCAGGAGGAAUUACGAAGAGAGAAAGAAAAUGCACAUGAACUUUCAAGACCACAGGCUACAGGAGAGAGAUACAUUAUAAACCAUCGCAUCGGACCUACCUGUCCUCCAUACCAGUAUCCUUAUAGCCCACCUGCCAGGAUGUUCCCAGGAUAUGAGGACUGGCCAAUCUGUUAUCCACCGCCAGUUGUUGGUCCAGAGCACAGUCAAGUUCAGGAUCUCUCAAAUGCUCCUCCACCGGCAUAUCAGUGGAGAGUCGCUAACAAUCCUCCCAGAACAGAACUUCCUAAAUCUAGAAAGGAGGCUGAUGGCCCAAAGAAAGGAGCACAGAAUUCCCAGCGGCAAACCUGAGGAUCCACAGUAAAGACACAGAUAUGUACUGAUGAUAUUUACUGGGGCCAUUAAACACAGCCAUAUGAAUGAGCAGGAAUUGGUUGAGCGUGACCAGAUGAGGAUAGAGUGCACUUGGAUGGCUCAGAUCUGUGUAUUACCUGGAUAUAUGGAGUAUACAUACAUACCACUAGCCUAUCCUUACAUGCAUUGUAGUAGGAUAGGAGCACACACUUGUUCAUAUGUUAAAUUAUAUAAAAAUAUUAUAUUCUGUGUAGCUAUUAGUAUAUUUACCUCAAUGCAAGAGAUUUUGUCAGUGUAAUCCAUAUACUAAAAUCCUUCCUUCUCCCCUUUCCCCCUCAGUACUUCUUCCCCAUCUCUAUCUCCUUAUCUCCUCAAUCACCUUUCAAUCUUCCCCUUUCUUUCUCCUUUCUAUUUUGUUUUAAUCUUUCAUUCCUUUUUCCCUUCCUCUUUCCUCCCCCUUCGUCCCUCCUUUCUGUCUCCUUUCAUUCCUCUCUUUUCCUCUCUCUUCCAUAAUUUUUCUCCAAUUAUUCCCUCUGGCAUACAUCAGUAUGACUGGGCUAGUACUUUGGCAAGAGAAAAUAUUUUAGGAGAGGGGGAAAGUAUAUUUUGACAGCUGCUACAGUAGUGGUAAUUUACACUCCUUGACAUAAAAAAAUAUUUAACAAGCAGGAGUUGUAGGAAUCGAAUGAACCUUUUAUAUAUGUGAAGAUAAUGAUGAUAUGUAAGUGAUUACAAUAUUAGAAUGAAGAAUAAGUUUAUUGGGGGAAAACUGUAUGAUUGAAAGGAAGCACUAGUACCCUCUUGGGCUGCCUCCAGCUUGGAUUCAAGAUGAGAUAUGGUUGGGCAUAGAUCUUCUGUAUGGUAUCCUGCAGCACAUUUGCCCACAGAUGUUGUAGCUUGGCCUGUAAAUUCUGUACACUCGUAGGUUGCUGAAGCUGGCGUCUCAGCUGGUCCCAUACAUGCUCAAUUGGCGAUCUGCUGACCAGGCAGGCAAAGAAGUCUUGCAGUCUGGCGACAUUACUGGGGAAUCCUUGCUGUAUGUGGGAGAGCUUUAUACAGCUGAAAAAUGCCGGUUCAAAGUCCUGCCAUGAGAGGCAACACAUGUAGCUGCAGGAUGUCCUGCACAUAUGGUUGAGCUGUCAGUAUCCCUCGUGUCACUACUAGUGGUGACCAACUGUUAUAUGCAAUUGCUCCCCAGAUCAUCACAACAGCAGAGAUGGAGUGUGUAAUGAAAGUGCCAGCCACCUGGAGCCUGGAUGGUGGACCACAAAACUAUGGGAGCUGCUGGCACUUGUUGGCACUAACAGCUAUCUCGGAAUAGCCAAGAUGGUGAGCAGUUUGUCAAAACGACUGUCCUGCUUCUCCCAGUCCAUUGAUGCACCCCCUCUCCAAGUUUGUCUGCUAAGCAGGAUGUUCUUGAGUGCAUUGUAGAGUCAUUUCUAGCAGAACUAAUUUUCACCAAGAGGUACACCAUGUGUGGCCCCUGAGAGCCCUUUAUGUAGGGCAGCAAGGUAAACCCUUUUAUGCCCUCUUGUGGCAAGAUCCAGUGUCUACACCUGUAAUCAUUUACAUGUCUGUUUGAGAUAUAACUGCAUGAAGAGUUUGGCAGCAAUCCACCAUUUCUAUCUGGGUGCCCUAUUUAAUUUAAAUUUUUUGCCAGUGAGUGUAUAAUGAAAUAUAGUGUACAAGUUAAUUUUAAAUUUAUUUUUCUGUAUAUUACCAACAAUGAGUCAUAGAGAUCUGACUCAGAUUUGUUUUUUGCUUAACAGCAUUGGUGUGUCCUUCUCUGCAUGUGAGGUGAGAAGAAAUACAGUUUGUGCUGUUUCGUAGACUUACCAGCCCUUUUAUAGACUUGUAGAGAUGAUUGCUGUGAGCUGGUAACACCUACAUUCAUCCAGCCCCCCAUGGGAUCAGCAUGAACAGGUUAAAUUAAUUAAUCUGCUUCAAAUAUUGCUAGUUUUAUGAGAGAUUUAUAGUACCAAUGUUUUAACAUUAACAACUAAAAAGUUAAAUUUUCCCACUGUAGUGUUGGUUAUGUGGAACAAUAUGGUCAGUGAAGCGACCUAUAGGGAGGUAGUGGCCAAGUCAUUUGGCACAGAAGAUUGCGCUAUAUUUGUUGAUUAAAUUACAUAUGGAACUGUCCUGUAAGAAGACAGUUGGUAGACCAAUCAAGAAUGAAGUUUUUUUCUGUUAUUUGGUAAGACUAAAGAUCAUAUAGGCGCUAUGAUCAAUAUUUUGGAACAUGUAAGUGCAUAUUAGGAGGGACCAGUUUUAGUUUGGUUUAGUGUAGUUCCAUGUAUAUGGACAGUAUAGGCCUCUGGGCCAUGGAGAUCCAAGGGUAGGAUACCAAUUGAACAGUGAUCACAGAGUGGUUCACGAUAUUCUUGAGCCUUGCUGUAGCCUACUUGACAGGGUGUGCCGCAUCCUCUAUGGCAGGGAUCAGCAACCUUCGGCACUCCAGCUGUGGUGAAACUACGACUCCCAGCAUGCACACUUGCUUAGCUAUUUUCAUAACUCCCAUAAAAGUGAAUUAGCAUGCUGGGAGUCGUAGUUUCAACACAUCUGGAGUGCCGAAGGUUGCUGACCGCUGCUCUAUGGGAUAGUCCCUUGGCACUAGAGCUGUUGCUAUAGAAAAUGCAGUUGAACCCUAACCUUGGAGCUUCUGGGGCCUAAAAGACCCAUUUUCACAUAGGAUGUACCAUGGUAGGCAGAGGCCUUAUUACAGCUGUCAUCUUGGAAUGUCAUAUGGCUUCAGCUUCCUCCACUGGGUGGUUGUGCAAAACUGCAUAAAUAAAGGCAUUUCUGUGCUGUUUUGGGAGCGUUUCUAGGCAAGGUUUAAAUAUCCCACAAGGUGGGAUUCAGAUAUUAGCAGGGAUAUGUGUUACAUCAUAGAAGUAAGAAGUUGUUAUAGAGAUUGCAUUGUAAAGUGAGAAACCACAAACUGGUUCUAUGGAAGAUGUAGACUUUUGGAUCAUUGAGUUCUUACUUAUACUGGUCCUGGUAGAUAGCUUGGUUGGUCAGAAGAUUCCUUAUUUAAACCAGUGAAGAAUGUUGGCUGUUUUUGUCAACACCAACAUUCUCUUAACUUCUGACCUCAUCCAGUUUGUGGUUCUGUGCAGAUUUAACAUAUGUAAAGAUCUCACAGUAAAGGCUAAUAAAACAUGGAAUAGCAGGUUGUGUCAACAUAUCAAGGCAUUUCAUAUUUAUUAUAUGAAGGUGAAAGUGCAGCAAGACCUACAUAAGUACUAAGGGGUCAUUUAUUAAACUGGUCUAAAGUAGAACUGGAUUAGUUGACCAAUCGGAUUCCUCCUCUCAUUUUCCAAAGGAUCUGUCCAAAAUGAAAGGUGGAAUCUGAUUGGUUGCUAUGGUCAACUAAGCCAGUUCUGCUUUUCAUAAAUGACCCCUUAAGAGUUUGAGUCUUUAAAAUGACAGAUCAUGAUUUUUGAUUGUAACCGUUUCAUCCACAUCAAAGCAAGUGUGGCAAGGGGUGGAGAUAAUUUCCACCCAUCAUAUUUGUUGUAUUAGCUUCAUUUAAUUAAUUCUAAUUAGAGAUGAAUGAAUCAAUCCUUCCAGUCUACCAUGGGUUAUUCACCCAUUAGGGAACAUUGCCUCGUAUCUGUUUGCACAAGAAGGGAUGUAUUAAAACUUGGGAACGAACAUUUUUGGAGGUGUCUAGAUCAGUAAGUCUUAUUUACUCACAUGGUAGAUUGUUUGGCCAGCACCAUCUUACUCAUGUUCAUACAUGACCAUUAGCAUAAAAUAGGAAUACAGAUUAUUAGAUCAACUUCAGAUCUUAAGGACUGUAACCCUAGCAGGUCAUGGUGCGAGACUCUAAAAUAAUGACUUGUUGAGAGUGCUUGCAGACUAAAAUCAAGAAACACUCUUCUGGUCUACCAAAUGGCUCUUGUCUUGAGUACCGUUUACUUGAUAAAUGAUUAGCCCGAUCUCCUAAGAGACAGAUAUUGUAGCCAUUUGUCUGAAUCUGACAGACACAGAAUGGACACCAAAGAAAAUCAAUAAACCAUAAGCCCAUCAUAACGCCAAUUCUAUCUUGUAGAAAAGAUAAAGAAUGUUCCUGCAUUGGGCUUUAAAUAGUAGUUGAUAAAGCUUUAAAUCUGUACUCAUAAGGGUAUUCUGUUUGCAACUAGUUAUCCUGUAUCCACAUAACUAUUAGAUUGGUGGGAGCCGCAGUGCCCCCCCCCCCUCCAGUCACAAGAACAUGGGUUCUGUGUUUCCCAUUUGACUGGAGCAAGGAUGUGGCAUGUGCUGUGUCACACCAUUCAAACACUAUGGGGCAGAUUCAUGAAUCUAUCUAAAAGCUGACUUAUAGCAACCAAUCCCAGCACAGAUUUUAUUUUUCAAGAGCAGAAUACAAAAUGAAAGUUGUGCUGUGAUUGGUUACCAUGGGCAGCAAAGAUAGUUUUUGACAGUUUAACAAAUCUUCCCAAUAUGGGGACCACUGGAAAUGGUCAAGUGCUGUAUUUUGCUAGCUCCGGCAGUCCCAUAGAGAUGAAUGGUGAGUAAGCACAUUGCUCCAGGACCCUGCUGUCAUGACCAGUGAGGUUCCCAUCAAUCAGUCCCCCUACAAAACAAAGGGGAUAAAUUGCUGCAAUUGAAAUACCCUUUUAUUUAAAUGGGUUGAACCAAAACGGAUCUACUGUUUAUUUUCUGGGAACUGCACCAUUCUUUUCUAUUUGCCGAGUCUCAUGUUGGAACUCGUCCCCAUUGAACUACAAUACUUUUGAACAGAUGUGGGGUGUUUGUGGAAGAAAAAAAUGUAAUUAUUUAUUUUUUUCUAAUCCUUUUAAUGUUAAAUGAUGCAUUUACUUGUAAUAGUAGGACUCAUAAGAUUGUAAUUGAACUAUGUAAUACAGUUAUGACUGUACAGUACACUAUUUUCUGGAAAUAUAACAAUGCAUUUGCUUUUCUGUAAAAAGCUCCUAAAAUUAAAUGUUAUGUAAUGUGUAAAAUGUACUUCUAGUGUCACUUUCCAUACAUGGUAUUUAAUAAAGUUUUUGAAUGUGAA